AGGAUCUGAAUGGAAAAGUGAAACGGAGGGGAAACCGUGUGGGGAUUUCUCUGAAGAAACCGAGCGGGAACCCUUUGAAGAGAAAGUCUGGAGCCGAGCUCAACCCACACACCGAGAAAGAGACCCACAAGGAGAAUGGAUCGAUAAAUCUCUUCCUUGUCCAGUCGGAGAGCUCCAUCCGAUCUCACUCCAGGAAAACAAUGAGGGAGGAGAGGAAAGGAAUGGAGCUCUCCGUGAUUGCUGGGAAAUGUCUUCCGUGACUGAAACCCAGAAAAGUAUGUUUGGGAAGAACCCCGGAGAUAGGGAAACGCUUUCGGAAGGAGAGAGUUCAUAUACAUUUCUGGAAAACGGAGAGAAGUUUCUGGGCCCUUUAAUCCCUCCUUCGGAUCGAGCUGUCCUUUCUGAUGGACAACACCAACCCUCUGAUUUCAACAAAACCUUUCAUGGUCCAUCCACCCUGCUGAAACCGCCGGGAGUCCCCAAAGUGGAGAAGUUGUACAAAUGCUUGGAAUGCGGGAAGUCCUUCAGUCGCAGCGCCCACCUGACCUCCCACCAGAUCAUCCACACUGGGGAAAAACCGUACACGUGUUUAGAGUGUGGGAAGAGCUUCGUUCAGAGUGCCCACCUCGCCUCCCACCAGAUCAUCCACACGGGGGAGAAGCCGUACCGUUGCUCAGAGUGCGGGAAAAGUUUCAACAAGAGCACCAACUUUUUGAGGCACCAGAAGAUCCACAAGGGAGAGAAGCCACACCAGUGCGCCGAUUGCAACAAGACCUUUUCCGACAAGCCGAGCCUAAUUCAGCACCAAAGGGUUCACACGGGGGAGAGGCCCUACAAAUGCUACGAGUGCGGGAAGAGCUUCAGUCACAGGGGCAGCCUCAAUGCACAUCAGCGGAUGCACACGGGGGAGAAGCCCUACGGAUGCUCAGACUGUGGGAAGAACUUCCGGGACCAAUCGAGCCUUAUUAGACAUAAGAGAACCCACACCGGGGAGAAGCCCUACACCUGCUCCGAGUGUGGGAAAAGCUUCAGCCAGAGCACAAACUUGACUUUGCAUCAGAAGGUCCACACUGAGGGGACGUUUCCGUCAGAUUCCCCCCAAAUACUUAACACGGGGAUGGGCGUAUUAGUCUUUCCACAGAAUCCUGCAAACGGUUUAGUGGCACUUGAAAACUAAAGGGCACUUGGCUCAACAGUAAUAACUGUGAGAAGGAUCUUGGAGUCCUAGUGGACAACCAUUUAUAUGAGCCAG